AUCAACACACUAGUCUGUGCAAUACUAACCAGUCAAGAUAACACAAUCACAACAUUCAAAUGAAGGGACACUAUUUUCAUUUGUCCUUCUGACACACUCUAAAUCUAGUUCAUCAACUCAGUGAGUUCCUUGUAGUGGACGAAUAGAGUAGUGUGUUAUAUAUAUGAGAUAAUAGAUCCUUAGUCAUGAAUCCAGAUAUCGAACAUAGUGAAUCCACUAUAGAAGAUUUUCACCGAAAAUUUGAAAAACUUUUCACUUACGAUGACAGUGAUGUAACUUUUGACAGAGUUCUACCUCGUGUGUCAGAAGAUGAUGAAGGUGGCCAAUGUUUUCAAAAUGUUGCUUGCCAAAGGAGCCCCAAUCAUUCAAAGUUCAUCCCCCUUGAAAUGUUCCGAAUAGCGCACCUUCCCGAGAACCACCGCGACUACGACCUUUACGAACUGCUCAAAGUUGUUGCAGACUUAACCGUGAAGGUCAAGGCCAAAGCUGACAGGACUUUCAGAUCCAGAAUGCGAUACACCAGAAUGCACACAGGCUGUGGAAGGUUAUGGAACAUGAUCAAAUACACAGACGGCGUCAACCAGCUCGGGCAGCCGCACAGGGGCAGCUCAAAGACGUGCAGAUGCUUCCGGUGCAGGUACUCGGAUAAGCCCAGCCACAUCUGGUGGGAGAUCUAUGUCGAGACUGCAGCGAACUUGGCCCUUGACGACAAAGACAAGAAUCUCAGCACUUGCGUCUUCUUCUACAACUCCUCCGACAGCCCAAAGUUUGUCGUUGACGAUGUGACGGUGCACGGCGUGCACAGGGACAUCAACACCUGCAUGCUGAAAUGCACGACGUGCAAGCCAAGGCUCGCGGAGAAGAUUGAGCAGUUGUGGCGAAGGUUUGACGACGUCUGGCACAGGGUCCACGAGAAGUAUGCCGGCUCUGCGGAGAAGCUCGCCUUCCUCGUGUCUCACCCUCUCGGCAGCUCGAAGCACGUCAGUGUCGGCGUCUGGGGUGGGACGUACCAGUCGGAGAAUGAUAUCAUUGACGAAAGCCAAAGUUUAACGUAUUCCCCGUGUACAUGCAGUGACAGCUACGGGGCGUACAUCUACAUAGUCGGCUACGAGUGGGGGCUCGGUGGCUGGCACCAACUAAACAAACUAGAGCUGAAAUAUUGAGGAGGUGUAUCAACAAAAAUCUGCUAGACUUCUUAAUUUCUCUUAGUAUUAGAUUAUCAAAAGUGUUCGAGAAAUUAGUGGGGGAUUUUUUUUUCUUCUUAAUGUGGUCUUUCGUGUAUCUUCUUUCCAGAAUGUUCACGUUUUCAUUAGCUGUGUUUUUUAAAAAAGCACAAUUUUUGUGUUAUUUUAGCCUAGCAGAAACAAAUGUCGAAGGUUUUUCUUUUGUAGCACAAAUAAUGUUUAAAUAAUUAAUUGGUGACAGUCAUCUUCCAAUGUAAAGUUAUUGACAAUGUUUAUUUAGUCUAUUUAGUUAUUAAAAUCUCUGACCAUU